AUGAAUAAACAUUUUAAAAUAUUUAUUAUUAGUUUUUUGUUAUUUUUCGCAGUUCACUUUACAGGAGCUAAUUUCAAUAAGAAUGGCACUAGACCUAUAACUGAUGAUGAAGUGGAAAUACUACAACGAUUUGCUCGUUAUUCUAUCCUAGCAUUCGAUGGAUCAAUACAAGAUAUAGUGAACUGGACUUGUAAAGUCUGUAAAGACAUUUCUAAAGAUCCUAAAAACAUUGAAGUUAAACCCGUAAAGAUCCCAAUCGGAGAUACUAUUAAUUUUCUGGCCUAUAUAAUCGUUAAUAAGCAGACUAAAGAUAUUGUUAUCACCUUCCGAGGAUCAGAUUUUACUGAUCCUACCAAUACCAUAGCAGACAUAGGAUCAUUUAAUCUAGUUAAAUAUAAAUUUAAAGGUUACCAACCAUCAAACUCUAACGAAGAUAUCCUUGUUAGUGAGGGAUUUUUUACCACUUGGCAAUUGUUUCAUUCAUCAAACCUUACGAACGAAUUAACUUCCUUAAUGAAAAAAUAUCCAAGCUUUAGCGUUUCAGCAACUGGUCAUAGUUUAGGUGGAGGAUUAUUUCAAGCUCUAGAUAUUAAACAAAAUUAUCCAGAUAAUACUAAGCUCUGCUUUUAUGGAUAUAACAUACCACGUGGAGGAAAUGAAUUAUUUGCUAAUUAUGUUAAUAAAGAAUUGGUAAGUCUAAUGGUUCCUCCUCGUCCCAAAUGGGUACAACCGAAAGGUGAAGUAUGGAUCUCUGAUCCAAGUAAGAAAAAUUUUAAGCAAGGAUCUUUUGUAUGUGAUGGAAAUGAUAAUCCGGUAAACAUUUUUUUUUAA